UCGAACUAGCGACCACUCUCUACAUUCCCAGUUAUGAACCCUGAAUCCACCCAAGCAUUUCAGUUUCAACUUAUUGCGAGAUCUCUGUACUGUGAGUUGACUUCCUGUUAACUCUUUUCAAUCAGCUCAAAUCAUCGUUGAUUCAAGCUAUGGCUCGUCUGAUUUUACAUGGGUCCGGCACAAAUAAAAAUGUCUUGAAGGGGCGAAUUACAGCUGAAUACAGUGGUGUUGAUAUUGAAGUGGUCCAGAAUGCCACACAGUGUCCCGAGUUUCUUAAGAUGAACCCAAUUGGAAAGGUACAUUGCCAUUGUCUAGUGAGAAACUUAUACUUAUUUUCACACUUGUCUUUAUUUGUGUUGCUUGUAGGUCCCUGUACUGGAAACUCCCGAUGGUCCUGUUUUUGAGAGUAAUGCCAUAGCACGUUGCUCGCUUGAAGGAACACAAUCAUGACAUGGUAUUACGCUUGCUGAUAUAAUCAUGACAUGCAAUUUGGCGAUGGGUUUCCGUUAUCUCAUGACGAAGAGCUUUACUUUGGAGUUCCCCCAUGUUGAAAGAUAUUAUUGGACGAUGGUUAACCAGCCAACUUUCUUCAAAUUAUUGGGCGAGGUAAAGCAGGCCGAAUCUGUUCCACCAGUUCCAUCUGCAAAAAGUCCUGCUCCGACAAAUGAAGCAACAAAAAUGAAGGCAGAAAGUGAACCGAAGACUCAGACCGGCAAGCCUAUAGCAGAAGAAACCCCUGGGGAGGAUGAGGCACCAAAGCCCAAGGCAAAGAAUCCUCUUGAUUUGCUGCCUCCUAGUAAGAUGAUCUUGGAUGAGUGGAAGAGGCUUUACUCAAAUACCAAAACCAACUUCCGUGAAGUAGCUAUCAAAGGCUUUUGGGACAUGUACGAUCCAGAGAGAUACUCUCUGUGGUUCUGCGAAUACAAAUACAAUGAGGAGAACAUCGUCUCUUUCGUCACAUUGAACAAGGUCGGUGGUUUUUUGCAGCGUAUGGAUUUAGCUCGCAAAUAUGCAUAUGGAAAAAUGCUUAUCAUAGGUUCAGAGGCGCCCUUCAAGGUGAAGGGAUUGUGGUUGUUCCGUGGGCCAGAGAUACCCCAGUUCAUUAUGGAUGAAUGCUAUGAUAUGGAACUCUACGAGUGGACAAAGAUUGAUAUUGCUGAUGAUAACCAGAAGGAAAGGGUGAAUCAGAUGAUAGAAGAUCAAGAACCUUUUGAGGGAGAAGCACUAUUGGACGCCAAGUGUUUCAAGUGAUGCGUUGCCUUUUCAUAUCUUUUCUGGAUUCUGGAGAAAGCUAAGUAUUACGUUCCUCUGAGAGUAACUAUAUUUCUUGGUGUUGUUUUUUGAGGUUUGUGUGAUAUUGGUAGUUAAGUUUUGUGUAGUUCUAUUGUUUGGCCUGGAGCUGCGUUGUUGUUUUUUGCAGACUUCUCUAGUGUGUAUAUCGCGUGCAUACCGAGGAUAACAAAAACAAAUUGGAGGUGCAUAAUCGACAUGCUUUUUUUU